AUGGGCAACAAACAGACCAUCUUCACAGCUCAACAGCUUGAUGCCUAUCAGGAUUGUACCUUUUUCACUCGGAAGGAAAUCCUGAGGUUGUUCCACCGCUACCGAGACCUGGCUCCACAUCUAGUACCACUCAGUUACAAGGACAAUCCUGAUGUGACUAUCCCUUAUGAGCUGAUUGGCAGCAUGCCAGAACUGAAGGAUAAUCCAUUCCGCCAGAGGAUUGCAGAGGUGUUCUCUGAGGACAAUGAGGGAAACAUGACUUUGGAUGACUUUCUGGAUAUGUUCUCCGUACUAAGUGAAAUGGCCCCACGUGACCUGAAGGCAUGUUAUGCAUUUAAGAUUUAUGAUUUUAACAAUGAUAAUUUUAUCUGCAAAUCGGAUUUGGAGAAGACACUGCUCAAACUAACUCGAAAUGAGCUGACACCAGAAGAAGUCAAUCUGGUCUGUGAGAAGGUUCUCGAUGAAUCAGAUCUGGAUAAUGAUGGCAAACUCUCGCUGGAAGAUUUUCAGCACAUGAUCAUCCGGGCACCUGAUUUCCUCAGCACUUUCCACAUUCGAAUCUGA